AUGUCUCGCCGGUACGACGAUUAUGACGACCGGGAUUACCCGUCUCGUCCUCUACGACGUGCAUCUGACGACCUCGAUAUCGACAUUCGUCAUUCACCCGGCGCACGGCGGACUCGACCGCCCGUCGCCGAAUACCCUGACGAUCGUCCAUCGAGACGGAUCCCUGACUUCAUGCGAGAUGACUACGACCGCAAUGGCGAAGCGCAAGAGCUUGCGAUUCGACGUAGAGACGAUGACUACGGCCCAUCCCCUCCUCGGGACCGGCCGUAUGAGCGAGAGGACAUCGAAAUCCGUGACCGAGAUCACCGGGAGAGUUAUCGGCUACCACCACGGAGACGAGAGGACCUGGAUGAUACCGAAAUCUCGAUUCGGAGGACGGAACGUGAAGAUCGAGGUCCUCCAAGGGUGCGGGAGAGGAGCAUCGAACGGGAAGACGUCAGCAUAAGAAGGGUGGAGACAGAUCGUGGUCCACUGCGACCACGUGGUGAUAUCGACCGAGAUGAUGUGGAGAUCAGAGUCCGAAGGGAAGAGUCCCGAGGGCCGCCACCACGACGACGACCCGAAGUGGUCGAUCCGGAUGAACUUGAUAUCAGAAUACGGAGGGAAGAAUCUAGAGGGCCACCACCACGCCGACGACCCGAAGGUAUCGACCAAGAUGAGCUUGAUAUCAGAAUACGGAGGGAAGAAUCUAGAGGGCCACCACCACGCCGACGACCCGAAGGUAUCGACCAAGAUGAGCUUGAUAUCAGAAUACGAAGGGAAGAAUCCAGAGGGCCACCACCACGCCGACGACCCGAAGGUAUCGACCAAGAUGAGCUUGAUAUCAAAAUACGGAGGGAAGAAUCUAGAGGACCUCCGCCACGACGGCGACCCGAAGGUAUUGAUAGGGAAGAGGUGAUCAUCCGUCGAGACGAACGAGAUGCGAGGCCUUCCAUGCGGGGAGUGACCUAUCGAAGAAGGAGCCGAAGCCGAAGCAGUAGUUCCGGCUCGUCCCUCACGACGGAUCGUGGAACUGUCCGCUCCCGAGGCCGACGCCGAAGCAUGCCUCCGGUCGGAAGACUUGUCGCGCGAGAACACGAAGAGUUUGUGUAUAGGAGACGAGAACCGAGCAUACCCCCACCGCCUCCCCCAGCUCCAGCGCGAGAGACAACGGAAGAGAUCAUCAUCCGGAGGGCGGAAUCGAGUCCUUCACCACCACCACCUCUUCCGGAACCGGAACCGGAACCGAUCGUUACGAGAACCGUUGAACCUGAAUAUCUUCCUCCUGUACAUCGUGACGUGAUCACACAUGUCUACACGAUUGACCAUGGAUUGAGACCUGCUAGUCCACCGUCUCCGCCACCUCCUCCGCCACCGGAGCCAGUAAAGGAUGAAAGUUUGGAGAUUGAUAUACGUAGAAAAGAUGCUGAUGGCGCCCGUGAGACCAUCCACAUCAGUGACCGUGAACGCGAAGGCCGUCCUGUGGGGCGCCGCGCUCGCUCCGUCUCAUUCUCUCAUUCACCCCGUCGUCGAUCACUUUCUUCGUCUCCCGGACGCCGUCAUCGCUCUCGUAGCCGCGUUCGAGGCUCCGACCUCGACCUCGAAGCUGAGUACUACAACCGACGUGCCAUGGAACGCGGGUAUCCUGGGGAAGCCUACAAUGGCGCAACUAAGGAUUGGGAGCACGUGGACGUUCCACCUGGCACUCAUCGUGUUCAAAUGGACGGUACGGGCGGUGGAAGCCAAGAGAUUACUUGGCAGCGAUACAAUGGCGCCCGUCGCGCCAAAUUCAUUGGGGACGGCGAAGAGUUUGCGACGGAUUAUGGGAUUCCCCCGAGAAGGGAGGUGUUGCCUGCUCCUCCGCCAGCGCCGAGCCCGAUUCCAGCACUCCCGUCAAAGGCGAGAGAGUCGAGGGAAGAGUUGAGUGUUGAGAUCCGGAGAAGGGAAGGGGGCCCACCGGUGGAUCGCGAACUGGACCAUAUCUCUAUCCGCGAAAGAGAGAUUGAAGAGAGACACCUCCCUCACCCUCCUCCAACUCCGUCUCGGCGAACUAAGGAUAUGUGGACUGAGGUUACUAAGGAUCUUGUCCUCAAAGAAGCGAUCCUUGAGUCCGGCUACCAGUUCGAUGAGACGGAGGACUUCUUCUACAUCAUGGAGUAUCUUCGCUACGAAGAUGUACUCCAACUCGUCCAGCGUUCGGACCGCAUCCGAACCGAGCGUCGUCGUCGCAUUCGUGAGAUCGAAUGGGAGCGUGAACACCUGCAUCGUCCCCACGGGAUUCCUCCACCCCCGAUGGGUAUGCAUGGGCCUCCGCCAAUGCCUCCCCUUCUGGCGGGUCCGCCAAUUCCACCGCCGCCAUUCCUACCCCCAGGGGUCGAGCGUAUCUAUGAUCGGGAGCGGAUGGUGGUGGAAGAAGGAAGGGUACCGAGGAGGAGAUAUUGA